AUGUCAUUUAAGGUCCCUUACGAAUCGAGUCCUCCAUCGACUCCAGGUAGAUCCCGCAGCCUGUUCAGCAAUGUUUGCUUGACUCCAGGGGGUGCUCCGCCCUCUGUAUCCAACUCCUUCACUCCGCAAGGCCCUCCUCCCUCGACGAUUUAUGGAAGCUCGCAGAUGAGUUCCAGGUCGCAGUUCGAUUCUCCACAGUCCCUGUUUACAAAAUCUGGAAAUGUUAAUCCGAAUGAUAGCAUCUUUGGAUCCUCUAUCGCCUCUGACGAUUAUCCAGUACCGCGAGGAAUGAAGGCAGCCCCAGUCGAAUCAUUCACAUCCCAGUCGCUCUUCAGUGUGACGAAUAAUAGUCGAUUUGCCGCGCCCUCUAAUUUUGGGGUAUCCAAUAGGUUUGCAUCGUCACAGAUGGACGACGAUGCGGAUUUCCAUACCGAAAGGGAUAAUGAAAUGGAUUCUGAAGAAGCGGAGGCUGAUUGUGAUAAAGCCAUGGGAAAUGCAAACAAGGGCAGCAAUAGUUUCAGCUUUCUCGACUCCCACUUUGGAAAUUCUUUUCUUGCUCAAUCGAACGUGCAAGGCCAGCGAAAAUCGAUAUACUCUAACCCAAGCAAUGCUAAGCGCCCGAAGCUCGACGAGAAAUGGGCGGAUCAGUCACCUUUGCGUAAAACCAAGCUGUCACCCAAGAAGGAUUCAGCAAUGCCAUCUAUUGUGCGAAAUUUCGCGUCGAGGUCGCGGGUUGCAACGGUCAACGAGGCAAGUGAUCUUAUCAUCGAGACUGAGGACGAAAUAUGCAGUAUGUAUGACGAAGCGAAACGGACUGAGUAUCGGGAGACGGAGUUUAGGGUCAAUUUGUCGGAGACCUGCAGCAGCCUUGCAAGUGUGUGGAAGUCGCAUACAGGGCAGAGCGGUGGUCCUUCGCAGGCUGUUGGCAUCGGACCAGGUGACCAUGCCUCUAGCGUCGCAAAGGCAGGCUUUCUAGGUUCCCUAUUGAUCCAGCUUCACCACCCUCCCCUGGCACAUGCAAAACCUGCAAAUUUUCCUAGCCCCCUCGGUUUUGCAACCACCCGAAGUCUCGUGCCCGCUGGCCCAAGGGUGGACACUUUAACACCUCUACCCAAGGUCCUUCUAGACUGGCUCAAUCUUAACCAUGCCCCACAAAAAUCUGACCUACAAGCCUUGAAAAAUCUUGAACCCAAUCCUACAGCAUCGCCGAAUUUUUGGGAGAUUCUUAACACUGCUGUGCUUCGCGGGCAUCUCUCAGAGGUGGCAGAUAUUCUACAAACUGCGGAUUUCAACUACGCCAGGUCUGCGUUGGAGGAUGGAUUACCACAGACAGGCUAUCGGGGCGCCCAGUUACAGAACAUCCAGAGGUGUAUUAACAAGGCUCUGCAGGCUCUGAGUGUAUGCCCUAGUGUUCAGGUAGCCGACUGGGAUGUCAGGGGGGCAGAGUGGGCAUUGUAUAGAAAACGUGUUCUUGCGGCACUUACUGACUUGGAAGAGUUCGCCGAGGGAGAUGAACAGCAAGAUUCUGAGCCUCCGAUCCUAGGAACCCGUUUCCAGGCAGUUAAUUUUGGAUUGAAGCCAAGCCCGAACGCACAGGAGUUCUCAUUCGCCCAGUCUUCACGUAUGGCUGAAAGCCGUGUCCCCUGGACCAUUUAUCAGAACCUCAGAUCACUCUAUCGCAUUAUUCUUGGCGAUACAAGUGCUAUCAUGAACCACUCACAGGACUGGAUUGAAGCCACUAUCGGUUUGACGGCAUGGUGGGAUGGCGAGAGUGACGAGGAAAACCUCGCGCAAAGUACUGUGAAUGAACCAGGCGUCAGCAAUAAUGGACUAUUUAUGCCCCCUCGUCUGUCCAAGACGCAAAUCCCCGAAGCUAUUGGCAACAACCCAACGGGUACCUACCUUCGCCGCCUUGAACUGGCCUUGGGUAGUGCAACCAGCGAAGACUCCGACGAAGCCGGAUUCCGCAUCAACUCGCUCAGUAGCCUUGAGGUUGGACUGGCCUCUGUAUUUGAAGGUGAUGUUGAUGGUGUUUUAGAGCUGCUCCAAACCUGGUCGCUUUGCAUAGCGUCCGCUGUAGGUGAGGUUGCGGACGCUGGAGGCUGGCUGGAAACGACAGAUGACAAGAAGCCGCUAUCAGGUCUCAGCGAAAACGACUUAAUGGUUCUUUCGUAUGGACAGGGUGGGAACGGGUCAACACGCAGAAUUCGCAAGGAUGAUCUUCUUAGCGCUUAUGCGUCUGGCUUGUUUGAGCGGCCAUCUAUUGAAAAUCUGUCCGGUUCCCGGGCAGGUUGGGAGCUUGCGCUAGAAGUCCUGAGUCGUUUGAAUAACAAGGAUGAAAUGCAGAAGAGUGUGUCGGAAAUCGUGGACAAACUGUCUCUCAACAACUCGACUGAAAUGGACAAGGUGAUAUUGCUGUGUUCGGAAUUGGGUUUGCACCAGGAGGGACGGAGAGUUUCUGAGCGCUACGGGGAUCUUACUGUCUCCGAGUCCGAAGAAUACGGCCUUGCCAUGGUGUGCUAUGCUCGUGCACACAAUCGACGCAAAGUCAAAUUGGUGGUGGAUUUGCUUAUUUCAUAUAGCCUUGUUCAAUCUCGGGCAUAUCCGGCAUCCGCAGAUCUCGACUCGCAGCUCCGUUCCUUGGUUGAAAAUCCCAAAACAUGCCUCUCGGCUAUUGCGGCUGUAGAUGAAGAGGCCGCCAAGAUCGUCCAAUUCUACUUCAGUGGAUACGCGACGUUACGUCGAUUCUAUGAGACUCGGGACGAAGCCAUCGGCCUUAAAGAAGGACAGCGACCUCGAUUCAAGCCUUUGGCUAGGCGGCGAGCAGCGGCGCAGGCAUUGGUCACGGUCAUUAGUAGCGCCGCAGACAGUAUUUAUGGUGGGCUUUACGAUCCUGAACGGGAUUCCGCUAUCCAAGUGGAUGGAUUGUUGGUGCUUCUGGGAGAGGCUUUGGCAUUCAUUAAUCAACCCACUCCCAUCCUCUCUGUAUCCCAGCAGUUCACGAUUCUGUCUGCCAUCGAAGACCUCGAAACUGUCACACCUCGCGUCUAUGCGCAGUGCGAGGAAUGUUUCCGCUCUACACUCAUGCAAUAUCAAUCUCUUAAACGUGCAUCGUCUGAUGACGAGUCACCGGUCGAACCCUUUGUUCUUCCAACUUCGCGCGAGCUUCUGAAGAAGUCUGUGUCAUCGCUUACAGCGUCCAGCGGCUUCUCGUUUAUUGGCGGUGAUAUGACUGACUUGGUACGGACUCGAUCCCUGUCGGGAUCUGGCACUAGCUCCGGUGUGUUCAUUGCUCGCCCUGGGGAUGAGAGUCGCCACGAGCGGGCCUGGGACUGGCGCGUCGGACUACCUGAGAAUGUGAGGGGAGAGGAGAUUCUUCGAAUGUUACGAUUGGGACUGGCUCAAGGGCUGAGUGUUGGGGCUCUGGGGCAUGUCUGA